AUGGAGCAGGUUGACGUCCUUGUUGUGGGUGCUGGUUGGUAUGGGUUGGUGGCAGCGCAGACGUACCUGAAGCUUGCCCCGGAGACCAAUCUUGUUGUACUGGAUGACGGAGAAACUAUCGGUGGGAUCUGGAGCCAGGAGCGUAUCUAUCCCAGUCUCUACGCGCAGAUUAGCUACCCGCUCUUUGAGUACUCGUUCUAUCCAAUGAAGAAUGAGGGUAUCUCGCCCGAUGGUUUUAUAUCCGGACAAGCAAUCCACAACUAUCUGGCCAGCUUUGCCAAAGAUAAUGACCUGAUGCGGUACAUUCGUCUUCAGACUCGAGUGUCUCACGUGCGUCGCAAUGCCGAUCACAAAGGCUGGAUAGUGGAAACACAUUCUGGGGCUCGCCAGAUCGAAUACAUCGCCUCUAACUUGUCCUUGAUUGAGAGCGACGCGAUCCAGCGAGCGACUGUAGUCGGGGCCUCGAAAUCAUCCUAUGACACCGUCUACCAACUACUCAAAGCAGGAAAGAAGGUAGACUGGGUUAUCCGACCGAGUGCCUCUGGGGCAUUUUCCAUAUUCGCCCCGACGUUCAUGGGACUGUGGCAUAUAUCGGAUCACAUCUCCACUCGAUUCGCAUCCAGCUUUAGCCCCAGCAUCAUGAGCUGUAAUGGACUCUGGGAUGGGUUUUUGCAGCGAAGCGUGAUUGGAAGAUCACUUAUGCGUGUCUAUUGGCAAUUUGCCACAGCUCUGGCAGGUAGAUAUGCGCGCUUCGGCGAUGAUGAGCAUACUGAGCAUCUGCGGCCCUGGCCUCACACAGACGGGCUUUUCUGGGGCAGUGGAGGUGUCGGAAUAGCGACCGUACCGGACUUUUGGCAAGUCGUCCACGAGGGAGAUGUCACGGUGCACCGCACGGAGAUAGAAUCGCUCUCGCAUCUGGACGUUGUCAACUUCAAGAACGGCUUUUCCGUGCCAACAGACAUUGUGAUUCACUGCACCGGAUUUGAGAAGGGAUAUGAUACGUUCAGCCCCUCGUUGCAGGAAGAACUAGGCCUCCAUUACGACUCCUCGUUAUUCUCCAAGUGGACGGUACUGGACGCACAGGCCGAGCAGAAGGUGAACAACCAGCUACCCAUCCUGAAGAACUCGCCUUUCGAGGCACUUGAGGAGAGAAAGCACACACAGGGGCCAAAUCGGCACUACCGUCGUCUCAUUGUUCCUGAAUUGGCGGCCAAAGGGGACAGAUCCAUCGUUUUCCCGGGUCACAUUCACUCUGCCUUCACACCACUGGCAGUGGAACUUCAAGCAUUGUGGGGGGUUUGCAUUCCUAAACGACUGGAUGGACAUCCCUUGCCAGGAGGAAAUGGAGCUAGAGGCAGCGACCUUCAAUGCGUGGACUCGAAAGCGAUAUAUUGA